AUGUUCUUCAAAAAAAACCUCGCUCCUUCCAGCCUUCCGAAGGGUUGCCCCUCACACCUUCACAGCAAAUGCCAAAGAUGCGGUUAUUAUAAUCCACCACAAGCUGCCGAGGGCCAAUAUCAAUGCCUGAACUGUCACCGAGGCACCUAUUAUGUUUCUUCUUUCUUUGCACAAGCUUCUGCGAGAGAAAUCCUGAAAAACCACGACCAAGAACGCGAGCAGAAGCGCAAGGACGAGAUGAAACGCCGAGAAGCGGAGCGCCGUGCUGCUGAACAGCAAGAACGUGCAACUGCGGUAGCUUCAGCCCAGCGGCAGCAACGCAUGCGGCAGCAGCUCCAGCGUCACACGAGAAUGGAGAAAGUAGCAGUCAACCCGACUUCUCCCCUGGAAAGGCGUCAUGCUCAGCGGAAGCGUGCUCCUUCUGCCGCCAAGACACCCUGGACACCUACUCAAAAUGGCCCUGUGCAAUGUGCUCCUCCAAGAAUGUGCUUGCCUUUGCCAUAUCCACCGAAUGGUCCCCCCGAAGCGAUUGUACUAAAGCAGGAAUGUCGCGCUCUGGUUGCGUUCGUUGAUCUUUCUGUUCUCACUGGCCGAGUCUACUUUUCAACUCCUUUCUACUUCGUGAAUCCUCGCACUGAUACCGAAGCUUUCAAGUGUGACUGUGCAAGUGUUAAAGGCCCCAAGCAGCGGUUUCGAUCGGCCAUGUCACUUGGGAAACGUCCCUCCACCGCAUGUUUGUCGAGCCGCUUGUAUAAAUGGAUGUCCUACCCAUAA